AUCGAUGUUUGUGAGAGCAUUUAAGAAAUGAACAAACUGUUGAUAGUCGCGUUGCUUUGCCAUUCGGUCAUUUGCUUGGCUCAGCAGUAUUCGACUAGGUACGAUCAUUUGGAUGUCGAGUCGAUUUUAUCAAACAAACGUGUGUUGACGAACUAUAUCAAGUGCAUAUUAGACGAAGGGCCUUGUACAUCCGAAGGCAGGGAACUUAGAAAACAUAUUCCGGAAGCAGUGUCGACCAAGUGCUCGAAAUGUACAGACUCGCAGAAGAACAUUGUAAGGAAAGGUUCCCUCUACAUCAUGAGAAAUAGACCCGACGACUGGGCUAGGAUCAGGAAGAAAUUCGAUCCACGGGAUGUCUACGCCAAGAAUAUCGACUUGUUCCUGCGAAUCUACAAUUAUUUUUUCUAUUUGUUUCUCUGUUGCGAAUGCUACCCUGGAGCACACCACGGGUCAUCACUACGUAUUCUAAAAUUUUUCGUUCAAGUGGAUACCCGAAGCACCUGUGCCGAAAUUCCACGAUGUUUAAGGGCCGAAAUGAACAAGCUGUUGAUAGUCGCGUUGCUUUGUCAAUCGGCAAUUUGCUUGGCUCAGCAGUAUUCGACUAGGUACGAUAAUUUGGAUAUCGAGUCGAUUUUAUCAAACAAGCGUGUGUUGACCAACUAUAUCAAGUGCAUAUUAGACGAAGGGCCUUGUACAUCCGAAGGGAGGGAACUUAGAAAACAUAUUCCGGAAGCAGUGUCGACCAAAUGCUCAAAAUGUACAGACUCGCAGAAGAACAUCGUGAGGAAAGGUUCGCUCUACAUCAUGAAGAACAGACCCGACGACUGGGCUAGGAUCAGGAAAAAAUUCGAUCCCCAGAAUGUCCACGCGAAGAAUUUCAAUGAGUUCCUGAAAAUCUAGAGUUAAUUUACCUCAUUGUAUCUAUGUUGUGUUUUUGAAAAUAAUUUUUUUUAUUUUAGCAGCGUUCACAUCAUUUCCCCCUAUGUACGGCAAAACAUUUUUGUUCUGUCAACGUUUAGUUAACCAUUUAGCGUAACGUUUCCUGUUGUUUACUUCUCUACUUAAAGUGUUUACAUGUAUCUGUCGGAAUUCCGAUUAAUUUAUUUCUACGAAAUGGCAAAUUGGCAAAUACACUUGUCCUUUCCUUUACUUUUAAAAUUCUUCAACGUUUUUUUUAAUGAUAAUACGUAAGUAUUGUAAAUGAUUAAUUUUUCCAAUAAUUCAAUUUUUCUAAAAGAUACUAGUUCCACAGUUGCAAAAAUCCGUUAUCGCCAUUAGUUUUGAAGGUACGUUAUUCAUAUUUGAUAUUAGCGUUUCUCGAAGAUGACGUAAAAGACAAAUUCAAUGGAAUUUGAAUUAGAUACUACAGGGUGUUCAAAAGAAACGAAUAUAUUUUUAAUUUUAAAUUGAAAAAUCCUAAUAACACGCUAUAUGUUAUUAUUUUGUGUGAAAGCGAUGUCACUUAAUAGACGUAUAUCAACUAGAAAACCUCUUCAGUGUUUGAUGCAUCGGUUUCAUGCUAAUGAGGAGAAAGAAUUCUAAAUUUUACUUCAAAUUUAGGAUGAUCUACAAUUUUCAGUAUAUCGUUAAUUACACAACUAGGAAACACAAAUAUCGUCCCUUCCAUAUGGAACUAUACCAAGAAUUUCUAGACCGUGAUUUUGAAAAAAGGGUAAACUUCCACCCCGUUAUAAAUGAAGCAAUAGAGGCCGAUCCAAAUUUAUGUCUAAAAUAAUGUUUUGCGAUGAAGCUACUUUUCGCAGUAACGGUGCAGUAAAUCGUCAUAACAUGCACUAUAAUUCAACACUUAAUCAAUUCUGGGUACGGGAAGUGCAAAACCAAAACUGUUGGUCGCUUAAUGUGUGAUUAAGAAUAAAACACAAAGUUGAACUGAGGUGGCUUUCAAUUGAUGAAAAUCCAUUUUUCAAAAUAAAUAAGAACUAAAAGUUCUUAUUUAUUUUGUUAAACACAAAGUUAUUGGAUCAUAGCUUUUUCGCGAAACACUUAGUCGUCAAAAUUUGGUACAGAAUUUAGAGAUUGUGGUCUAAAAUGAAAUAUUUUAUUGUUGUGAGUGAAGUUAUCAAUUGAAUGGUAAGAAUUCUUCAACUCAACUUGCCUAAUUCGCAAAUAAUUAAGAUCAAUAGGUCAACCCUGGUCACGCAUCCUACCGACUGCGCCAAUUAAAUAACCAGACCGUGGAUACGGAUUUUAAAGAAAUAACUUAAUUUUCGAAUAACAGGUUUAGAACUUGCAGCCUCAUUUUACAGACAUGUACUAACCAAUGUCUUCCGUUUUUAAUGUGCCGAAAGCUAGUGGUAAUAUUGAAUAUAAAAAACGGAAAGUGGUAAACCGGAAUGCUACCAAUGAGGAAAAAAAUUCGAAAUUCCGCUUCACUUUGAAAUUGCCGUCAAGUACACUAAGAACUUGUAUACCGCGAUUUUGAAAAAAGGUAAUGGUUAUUGGACCAUAUUUUUUUCGCGAAACACUUAACGGACUAGAUACUUAAACUUUCUGCAGAUUGAUUUACCUCAACUUCUUCAAAAGAGAAGCUUGAGAAGCUUGAGAAUUUGUGAAUAAUUUAAGUGAUAUGUUAAAGAUCGUGUUUGUGUGAAUCCCCCCUACAACAUCAGAAGAUAUGGAAAAUAGCAUGCAGGAGAGUAACACCAAUUGUGCCAAAGACCGUCUAAGAAAACAAUCAUUUCAAAGCAUAAUCACAUUGAAAGUGUCAUUUAUAGUGGCUGUCAUAUGUUAUAAAUUGGUACUGUAUUCUUCUAUACUAUAUAGUUCUAUUUCUAAAGGUAAAUUAAAAAUCAUUUUCUAAUAUAACAGCUAAUACACUGAUAAUACGCACUUUUCUCACUCACAGUCGGUCUGUGAAUGGGAUAUGUGUAAUUCAUGGUUCUUGUGCAUGCAACAUGUUUCGUUUAUAAAAUACCAAAAUACCAAUGCCCAUAGAAUAGAUAUUCAAAAUGUCAAUAUUAAUAUUAUAAAGAACUCUUUAAGCGUUUCUUCUCCUAUUGCUACUGCUAUUGAUUACUCGUCUUCUCUUGCAGCUUUUAAAUACAAAUUAAAGCUGGAACUAUUUAGUCUGCAGUAAAGUGUUUUACAAUAAAUGGUAUGAUUUUUAUUUAUUAAUUUUCUUUAUUUAAAAGUAAAAUAAAAUUCGUCCUUUUUCUUUUUAAUAUAUAAAUAAUAAUUUUAUAAGUAGUUAAUAAACGUUGAAUUAUUACUUAAUUAUUAAUUAUAAAUUUCCUGAGACACACUGUUGUCAAAAAAGUAUUUGUUUUCAAAGGCAAACACUAUAUUCUCUUGUUUGAAGAUUGCAGCUAAGGUUAAAAUUCAUUAAUUUUUUUAGUAUAGUAUAGUAUAGUACGCGAUGCUCUCUUUUGGCAAAUAAAUAUAUUUACAAAUGGUUUCUGUCAAAUUGACAUUUUUCAUAGGUUUUCAUAAUUUUUGCAAGGGUAUAUAUUAUGUUUGCUCGGUACAGCAUGAAGUAGUGAAAGUCUUCAAACAGACUACCAUUGAACAACCUGCGACUACUAAAAAGCUUGGUCAGUUUGUUAAAUGUGCAACCUUGAAAAUGCUACCCUUAUCCAAACAAUUGUACUUGUCAUUCUGUAGACGAUUUUGUGCAGUGUCAAAAAUAUAUGGAACAUUAAGUUAACUUUGCUUUCUUUAAUAAGACUAGCAAGCUUGUAAUUUUUGAGCCGUCGAAGGUGUCGAAAAACAUAUUUUUAU